CUUGUAAAUGGUUCUAAUAGUGGAUCCAAAAGAUCAGUCGACCUAACCACCAGUCCAUCCUCCGAUAAAAAGAGAAUUCGUGAAAAUGCAGUGAAUGAACAAUUAGAGUCUGAACAGAGAAUUUUCAUCAUGCCCCCAGAAGACAAUAGCCUUCCAUUGGACCUCAGUUGCCGUGGGCCAGUGGUUGUGAAGAAUUAUGGAAGACCAGCUGCAGCAUCAACACCAGAGUCAAGAGAGCACCAUAAUGUUCAUGUCAGUAUAGUAAAAAAUGAAUUUAAUAAUUCUGACACAUCUGAGCCUGGCCCUGCAGAACCACUAAAUCAGACAGUGUUAUCAGAGAGAGGACCCUUAGAAGAUGAAAAUGAGAAUUUGGUAAAUGAAGCAAGAGAAAAAGAGAAGGCUUUUUUCAACAUUGCACAAAAUGAGCAAUAUCUUACUGAAGACUCCACGGGUUUAGAUCCCCCACCACCCCUGCCCUUGUAUGGGGCAGGAGGUGCAUUAAGAAGAAUGCGUGUAAGCAGUGAUGAUGGGCCUCCAAUGGUGUAUAGUGUGCGAUUGUAUGCAGAACAGGUACUUGUGUCCAGGAUUUUAGGGGUCAAUGAAGAGACGGGUGACAAGAUGGAACUGUACAAAUGUUUUAUGUGCAGUGUUGCAUUUCCAUCCAUUUCAAGACUACAAGCUCAUCUAUUUCAGCAUAAGCAACAGUUUGUGUGUUGCAAGUGUAGCUUUUCAUGUGAUUCAAGAGUCCAAUUUUCUCACCAUGUACAGCGUGAACAUCUUUCUCCAUCUAUGCAGUCUAACAGGGAUAAGGAAGAUACAAGAUGUGAUAUGAGUGAUGAUUCCUGUAGUGCAGAGAAUACUGUCACAGUGGCUGCACUUUUAUCUGCUCUUCGGGAGAAGGCUCAAGAAAACAGACCCCAUAGCCUUGCACAGAAAGAAACCUUUGAGGAAGAGGAAGAGAAUGUUAGUGAGGACUCUUACCCAGUUUCCCCAUCAUCUGAAUCGCAAGAAGCAGGAGAAAUACAAGAAGGAAGUACAGGAGAGGAUCUCUUCAAGAUGUAUACGUGUAGAUUUUGUGGCAAAAAAUUUGACCGUGCCUUCUCAUGUAAUCGACAUGAACGUGUGCACACUGGAUACAAACCAUGUUUUUGCCGUGUGUGUGGAAGAGGCUUCUCAGAGCCAAGAAAUUUGAGGCACCAUGUGAUCAGAUUUCAUAGUGAUGGAUCUCUUCGUCACCUUAUUAAAAGAGAUAGACGUAAGAAAGGGGAGGAAGACUCCCCUACUCCUUCCAUAUCACCAGUACCUGUAAAGUAUCCUGAAAAUCGAUUGAAUAAUGUUUUAAAAGAGACUGCAAAUAAACUUAUAUCUACUUCCCAUAUUGAUAUCACAAACUUCUCAGGAAAGCCCACUGGAUUAGAGGCUUCACUAUCUUCAAAAAAUGUGAAUAGGUGUGAGGAUAUUAAUAAAGACCUGAAAAGAUCAUUAACUCCACCUCUGGCAGAAACCAUGAAGGAUCAGACAAAUUCCGAUGUGUCUGCUGCAGUCACAACCUAUACCACAAAUCUCACAAAAAUAAUUGCUGCAUCUUUAGACAAUACUUCACGCAUUAGUAGAAGACAUACAUUAUUUACAGACACAUACAGAGAUGAAUUGGAGCCUGGAGAAAUCAGGCUAGAUAAGCGUUCAAAAAUUAUUGAUGAUGGAGAAAGUGGACGAAGAUUAGUUAUAACUGAUGACCAGGCAGAAGAAGGGCUGGAUCACUCCCCUCAUUUCUCAAACUAUGCUCCAAGGCUAAACAUUGUACAAGAACCGAUAGAUCGGGAUAAAGCUCUAAUGCCUAUCACAGAUGAUAUUGGGCGUACAUUUUUUGAAUGUCCUUACUGCCACAAGUUGUUUGGGAGCACCUCAGAUAUGAACCGCCAUCUUGACUUCCAUGAAGACUUAAGACCAUACAACUGUGAAUACUGUGAUUAUUCAGCUCGAACCAAUAGCCAGCUGAAGGUACACAAGAUGAGACAUGAAGGUAUAAAGUUGUAUAGCUGUGAUGUUUGUAACUAUAACGGGGUUACACAAAGUGAUCUUAAUCGACAUAAAAAAACACAGAGCCAUAUAGCUCGCAGUCAGAAUGUUUGUUCUAUGUGUGGCCUGGGUUUCUAUACUUCCUCUCAAAAACAGGUUCACGUUGUUCAGUGUCACCCCGAAGUAGAAGGUGCUUCAUCAUUAAUCCAGAUGAGUUUAGGACCUCCAGUGGCCCCAUUACUUUCCAGCUCUGAGUACUCUCCACUAACAGGCAAUUCUAGUGUAUCUGUGCAGCCAGCUGCAGCUCAGUAAAACUUCAGUAAUACCAUGUAUGCAUUUGCAAAAUAUUCAAAUGGCAAGAAUUUUUAUUUAUUUAUUUAUUUGUUUAUUUAUUUUAUUUUAUUUUUAUAACAGGAGAAGAGAUGCUAUGGUGUUAGUUUAUGAAGGAAAUUGCUUUACAAAACAAUCUUGCCUUCUUCACUUACAGAAAAAGUAAGAAAUAUUUAAGAAAUAAGAGAAUACUUUUAAUAGAUUUUGCACAUUAGAACUGUAGAAGUACAGAGAGCAAUAGUCACUCAAAAAUUCAAAUCAUUCUGCUCUUAGUACAAACAUUAAUGUCAAGUCCAGAAGAGGGUACAUUUACUGUUUUUCUAAUAGGCAGAAUUUGGUUUUGCCUUUCAGGGCAAGGAUGUGUUCACCCAAGAAAUAUCAGUAAAUCAAGUUUGUUUGUACUCACUGGUGUAAUGAGCUUUAAUUGCUAUGCUGAUUAUGCUAAGAAUUCAAAUGUUGAUUUACUGAGUUAAUAUUCAAGAGAGGAAUAACAGUUCUGAGAAUAUUUUAUAAUUAAAGGGUACUUUCACAGACUGCCCUAUUACUGCAAAACUAUCAUAUAACUUAUGAAGGAUUUUAUUGUAGUAUUCAAGGUAAAUUAUUUAUAUCAGUAUGAAAUUAUUUUAUGUAAAAGAGGAGCAGAUUAUAUUUAGAUACGUGAACAAGAUUUGAUAAUCUCAUAAUUACCUCAGUGUGGUAUAAGGGUUUUGGCUAUUCUUUCCCAUAUAAGAGAAAACACUCGCUAUGAUAUACCUCUUCCUAAUGGUGUGUGCACCAAGAAACACUUCCUCUACUAAUGUGUAGUGAAACACUCAUGAAAUGUAUGUAUUGAAACACUAAUGGCAGAUGGGUAGUAAGAAUGAGUGUAUUUUUUGGUACACAUGCAUGUAAAGUACAAGUGUUUUGAUUUGUGGUAGCUAUGCUUGCUAGCUCUCAGGUAAUACAAGCUUUUCUAUAUGAAUAUUAUUUUAGGUGAUCUUUCAUAAAACUGUUACAAGAGAUGGUUUUUCUCUUAAGAUGUAUGCAUGGGACAUAUCCAUGUAUUUAUGAGGCCAAGUUCUUUACUUUCAUGAACACUGGUAGAUUUUGAGCUACAAAGAAGCAUUGUAUUUGAAUGCUUGAAAAAGGUGCUUUAAGCCAGGACUCCAAUCUCUUGAAAUCCUGGAAAUUUAUUUUAUUUCAAAACUCAAACUCCACCAUUUCCAUUAUUUUUAUGAAUUAUUAGAGGUGUAUAUAUAUCUAAUUGUGGCUAGAUUAUAUUAUUAUUGUUAGACUUGUUUUCCUUAUUGGUUGUUAUUUUCAGUCUUCCUUGUUGAUUGUUAUUUGCACUAUUUGAGUGUGCAUGGAAUGUGCUCCUGUAAUUAUUUAUUAAAUGAUUUAAUUUUCCAGUUAUCAACAUUAUUGAUAUCACAGUAUCUUCGACUUGUGGUACUGUGAUUUUUUUAUACUUAUUUACUUUUCAUUACUUGUUAAGUACAUUAUUUAGAAUGUUCAUGAAUUUCAUGCUGAUGAUAAAUACUGUAUAUUUUUUUCCUUCUUUUAUGAAUUAAUAUAU